AUGGAGUUCGAUCGCAUUCGUCGCAACGUAGGGUUCCGGUUCCUCCCGACCGACGAGGAACUCGUCGUCCAUUACCUGCUGAGUAAGUUGAUCGGGUUCCCUCUCCCCUCCGACGACUACGUCAAGGACUGCAACCUUUACGGCGAUCUGGAGCCCUGGGACAUCUGGAACCACUUUCGAGGAGGCGCCCACGAAGAAGAAGAUGCUGACGACGACGGCGACGACGAGAAGAAGAACGAUCUCUACUUCUUCACCCCGCUCAAGAAGCGAACCGCAACCAGGCAAAGAAUCGACCGUAGCGUCGGGUCCAACGGCGGGGCUUGGCACGGGGAAGACUCCGGCAAGGAGUCGCAGACCCUCGACGGCGCCGUUUCCUGGACUCAAAAGCGGUUUACCUACCGUGCCAAGAAGAGCAAAGGAGAGCAGACUAGUUGUUGUUCGUGGAUCAUGCACGAGUACUGCCUGCUGCCGAUCCCCGAGCUAGGGCUUGACUCUGCCGCCGCGUCCAAGCUCGCAGUCUGCCGACUCAGAAAGAAGGAAAACUCCAAGAAGAGGAAGAACAACAACAACAAGUCUACCUCCAGGGUCAUUCUCAUCCACGAUGCCGCCGACAACGACGUGGCUCCAGCUGCGAGUGAUGAUCAAGGAUCCACCACCACUUACAAGCGGCGGAAGCUCCACGGUGGCGACGACCAACAAGUAGUAGUAGUAUCUUCGUCGUCCGUGGAAGUAGAGAUGGAACGUCCAUGCUUGUCGUCGGAAGUAGGACAUGGCUCGGCCAGCCGCGGUGGCCACGAAGAAGAACUAGUAUCUCCGCGGUUCCAAGCGGAGCCGGAAGGAUGCUCGUCGGCAGUAUUAAAAGAAGAAGAAGAAGAGCUAGACUCGUUGUUUGAUAAGGAGAUUGAAGAAUGCUUGGCAGACGUAAAAGAGGACAACGGAAACCAAGGAGUAGUAUCACCGUCGUUCCAUGCGGGGAGUAACGAAGGAGAAGGAGCAAUGACGCAGCAGCAGUCGGUGGAGAUGGAGUCAGUAACGGCAGAGGAGGCAGCUUGGUGGUCGGCCGUCUCAGCCUCAGCGGAGGGAACAUGCAACGACGCCUUUGGUUUCAACGUCGACUGUGGUUACACUGUUGAAGGUCUACUGGCAGAAUGUUGCUGCUGA